UCGACCGCCCCAAGAUGGCGGCCGGAAUUCCUGCGCCGCGAUAGUCAAUGCGGGGCCUACUCUUAUCGAAAAGUUGUAUGCCAAACCGCCAAUAAACUGAACAAGAAGAAGGAGGAGGAGGAGGAAAGCUCACGUUUUGGGAAAAGGCAUAAGAUGAAUGGCAAUGGGCCUCCAGCUGCCAAGAAGCAGCGAGAGGAACAAAAAUUGACAUAUGGAAAGAGAGCCGUGCUACGUGACACCCACCCUGUGGCACGCAGGCUGCUCAGGAUCAUGGAGAAGAAGGAGACAAACCUCUGCUUCUCUGCUGAUGUGAGGAAAAGCAAGGAGCUUCUCCGGCUGGCUGAGUUACUCGGUCCAAAGAUAUGCAUUUUGAAGACUCAUUGUGAAAUCCUGGAGGAUUUCACAGAAGAGUUCAGCCAGAAACUCAAAGAGGUGGCAGAGAAACACAACUUUCUUAUAUUUGAAGAUCGCAAGUUUGCUGAUAUUGGAAAUACAGUCAAGUAUCAGUAUGAGGGCGGGUUUUUCCGGAUCUCGUCUUGGUCACACAUUGUCAACGCCCAUGCUGUGUCAGGGCCCGGGGUCCUGAAGGGCCUGAGUGCUGUGGCGAAGCGUCGGAAGCACGGCUGUUUGGUCAUUGCACAGAUGAGCUCCAAAGGGUCUCUGGCUACUGGUGAAUACACAGAAGCUGCGGUGAAGAUGGCAGAGGACCACUCACGCUUUGUGUUUGGGUUCAUCUGUACGUCUAAGAUAACUGAAAAACCAGAAUUUAUCCACCUGACCCCUGGUGUGCAGAUACAGGCUGGAGUUGGUGGCAGUAAUGCAUACAGAGAAGUCAAAGGAAGAACUCGGAGGUCUCCGCGCCUCAUGGCGCGUACAGGAGAUGCGUUUGGCCAACAGUACACAACCCCAGAAGAGGUGAUCAACAAAGGAUCAGACGUCAUCAUUGUGGGGCGAGGCAUUUUGGAGGCAACCGAUAAGCUCGAAGCUGCUGAGUCAUACAGAAAGUCUGGUUGGGAAGCUUAUGAACGGAAAGUGGGUCUGAAGGGACAAUCCAGCCAGUAGAUGUUAGUAACUGGAGGUGGUGUCAGUUUACAUGCCCAACUGUCCAAUCAAAACCCUUCCUGGUGUUAUAGAUAUAAUUUCUUCUUGGAAAAAUCUGACAUGAAUAAUUUUUUAUUAAUUAUAAUAAUUAAUUAAUACAUUUUUUUUGUGAUGCAAGACAGUCACGUUAUAAAGUCAUCCCUCAACUUUGCGUUUUGUCAAAGCAGGAAUUCAAAAGUGCGGAGAGGUCAAAGAUCCGCCAUUUUGUGGCCAAUGUGGAUUUCCAGUUUUCUUUUAGACUAACCUGUGCAGGCUGUGAUGGCAGUAGACAUCUUGAAACCACCUGGAAACAAACAACAUAAAUGGCUUACUCCAUCAAAGGAGUUUUUAGUAUUGUUUUUAUAUUUAUGUAUUUCAGUAUUUGCUGUUGGAACCCUGCCAUCUCUCUGCUUCAAGUAAGGCCUGUUUUAGCUGCUGGAUUUAACUGUCUCACCUCAGAUUUUUAAGUAGAGCCUCUGCUAGCCGCUGGAUUUACCUGCCUUUAUCUGUGCCUCGAGUUAGCCUCUGCCAGCUGCUGGGUUUCCUGCCAUCUUCAUCCUCCUGCUCCAGCUUGGUUACAGACUCUGGUUCACUUAAUUACUACCCAUCCUUCUUUCAAUAAAUUUUCUAAGCUAAGCUUCAUGUGUGGCAUGUGUUCGGGUUCAUAUAACAAAUUGUGACGUUGACUAGCAAUGUAAUUGUAAUGACAUGCUUUUGUUUUUUUGUUGGUCCUUGCACCCACUCAUGAAACCUUGAGUUUAAUUGUGUUUUCCCUUGAUUGUAUUUUCCAUCUAAAGGUGUUUUAUGACAGUUUUGUGGCAUGAAAUUGUUUCUUAUGUUGAAUAAAGACAAUUUGGUUUA